CUGAAUUCUUCGCUCGUUCGGGAGCGCUCGAUCAGGCUGAACACGAAUGCAGCCUUAUUCGACUUCGCGGAGAACCACACCGGCACAAACGCAAGGAUUCGCAUACUUUUAGAAUAGCACCUACUCCCAGUUUUUCGGGGGGCGUAUUUAUGCUGGUUAAAGGUGUGUGCAGUUCUCCAUUAUUAUCUGAGAUUUCCAGAAGAGCGGAAUUAAGCGUCCGGUCAUCCUGAGAUUCGACAGGAGAAAAAUCCCCGACACAUCCCGCAAAGUGGAAAGUACAGAUUUGUCGGGAUUAAGGCGAAUGGAGCCGACAGGGCCCCGGGAGUGAGGAGGGGGGAGGAGGAAACCAGUGCACAACAACGGGGUCGAUCGCAUUAGAUCCUUGUUUAUCUGAGCACAAUGUUGGGCACAUUUUGCUAGCUGGAUGGCUGGCUAGCAGUUGGAGUCUGGGACUUCAGAGCUCCACAGAAAUCAGACAUACAAAUACCAUUUCUGUGUGUUGUACUUGGGCGCAGGGUAAUCUCGUAUUAAUUUCGAGAAGCGCUAUUUUUUAAAAAUAUCUUCUGGCUCUGGGAGUGGUAGCCAGGCCGCUUUAUUUGGUAGAAAAUGUCUGCGAAGGUGCGCCUGAAGAAGUUGGAGCAGUUGCUGCUGGAUGGUCAUCAGAAAAACGACAACUCGCUGAGUGUGGAGACACUGCUGGAUAUACUCAUAUGUUUAUACAACGAGUGCAGCAACUCACAUUUAAAACGGGAAAAACAUGUGACCGACUUUUUGGAAUGGGUGAAGCCAUUUACAACCACCGUGAAGCAAAUGCGCCUCCACAGAGAUGACUUCGAGAUGCUCAAAGUGAUUGGCAGGGGGGCGUUUGGAGAGGUUGCUGUGGUAAAGAUGAAACACACCGAGCGUGUUUACGCCAUGAAGAUCCUCAACAAGUGGGAGAUGCUGAAGAGGGCCGAGACAGCGUGUUUCCGAGAAGAGAGGAACGUCCUGGUGAACGGUGACUGCCAGUGGAUCACCACUCUGCAUUACGCCUUUCAGGAUGACAACAAUCUGUACUUGGUCAUGGAUUAUUACGUUGGUGGAGACCUGCUGACUUUGCUUAGUAAAUUUGAGGACCGACUCCCGGAGGACAUGUCCAAAUUCUAUGUGGCAGAGAUGGUGCUUGCUAUCCACUCCAUCCAUCAGCAACGCUACGUACACAGGGACAUAAAACCCGACAACGUUCUACUGGACAUGAACGGCCACAUCCGUCUAGCUGACUUCGGCUCCUGUCUGAAGAUGAUGCAAGAUGGCACAGUCCAGUCCUCAGUGGCUGUGGGCACUCCAGACUACAUCUCUCCAGAGAUCCUGCAGGCCAUGGAGGACGGCAUGGGAAAAUAUGGGCCAGAGUGUGACUGGUGGUCUCUAGGUGUCUGUAUGUAUGAAAUGCUCUAUGGUGAAACACCUUUCUACGCUGAGUCAUUGGUGGAGACCUACGGAAAAAUAAUGAACCAUGAGGAGCGUUUCCAGUUUCCCUCCCACAUCACAGACAUUUCUGAGGCAGCUAAAGACUUGAUCCAGAGGCUGAUCUGCAGUAGAGAGCGUAGGCUGGGUCAACAGGGUAUCGAGGAGUUCAAAAAGCACCCCUUCUUCUCCGGCAUAGACUGGGAAAACAUUCGCAACACAGAAGCUCCGUAUAUCCCUGAUGUCAGCUCUCCCUCAGACACCUCCAACUUUGAUGUGGACGAUGAUGUACUGAAAAACCCGGACAUUAUUCCACCAGUCUCUCAUACAGGUUUCACCGGACAGCACCUACCCUUUGUGGGCUUCACCUACACCACAGACAGUUGUUUUUCAGACUGUGGCAGUGUGAGAGGUGUGGCAAUGACAGAUGGUGGUGCUGGGAAGGAUCUUCUGGAUGGAGGUCUGCAGGUGGAGGCCUUUGAGAAAAGGAUCCGCUGCCUAGAGCAGGAGAAACAGGAGCUCAACCGAAGGCUACAGGAAUCCACUCAGGCAGUUCAGUCUCUCCAUGGCUCUGGGCGUGGAGCUGGCACACUCGGUCGUGAUAAAGAGAUAAAAAAACUCAAUGAGGAAAUCGAUCGCCUCAAAAAGAAACUGGCAGACUCUGAUAGGCUUGAGCACCAACUUGAAGAGGCAGUGACUCUUCGACAGGACUUUGAAAGUUCCUCCACCAAACUAAAAGCCCUGGACAAGCAAGUUAAAGCCCUCAAGCUGGAGAAAGAGGAUAUCCAUAAGCAACUGGUGGAGUCUCUGGAUCGCCUGAAGUCUCAGACCAAGGAGCUGAAAGACGCUCAUCAGCAGAGGAAGCUGGCCAUGCAGGAGUUCUCUGAGGUAAACGAGCGCAUGGCUGAGCUGCGCUCGCAGAAGCAGCGUCUGUCACGGCAGCUGCGAGACAAGGAGGAGGAGAUGGAGGUGGUGAUGCAGAAGAUCGACGCCAUGCGCCAGGACGUACGCAAAACCGAGAAGGCCCGCAAAGAGCUGGAGUCUCAGCUGGAGGAUGCGUGUGCCGAAGCCUCUAAGGAGCGUAAGCUCAGAGAGCACAGUGAAGUCUACUCCAAACAACUGGAGAGUGAGCUGGAAACACUCAAGGUGAAGCAGGGAACCGGUCGUGCCUCAAGCUUCAGUUCGGAGACCCAGCAGGAGCUCACCAAGGUCAAGUCCGAGCUGGAUAAAAAGGUGCUGUUCUAUGAGGAGGAGCUUGUGAGGCGAGAAGCCAGUCACACUACAGAGCUGAAGAACCUGAGGAAGGAGCUCCAUGACUCCGAGGGCCAGCAGCAGUCCUUGCACAAAGAGCUGCUGGUGCUUAAAGACAAACUGGAAAAGGCCAAGAGGGAACGGCAAACUGAGAUGGAUGAGUCCGUAAGUUCCCUGAAGGAGAAGUAUGAGCGUGAACGCAGCCUCGUGUCUGAGGAAAACCGUAAACUCACUGCAGAAACAGACAGGCUCUGUACUUUUGUGGACAAGCUGACAGCUCAGAACAUGCAGCUGGAGGACGAGCUCCAGGAUCUGGCUUCAAAAAAAGAGAGCGUAGCACACUGGGAGGCACAGAUCGCUGAGAUUAUCCAAUGGGUUAGCGAUGAGAAAGAUGCCCGUGGCUACCUACAGGCUCUGGCCUCAAAGAUGACAGAAGAGUUGGAGUCUCUGCGGAGUUCCAGUUUGGGAUCCAGAACGCUGCAAGGCUCUGGAGUAAACAUCCCAACCCAGAGGUCUAUGGUGGCACCUCAGGUCACCAUGCAGGAUCCCUUGUGGAAGGUGCGUCGCAGUCAAAAACUGGACAUGUCUGCCCGUCUUGAGCUGCAGUCGGCCUUAGAAGCUGAAAUCCGUGCCAAGCAACUGAUUCAAGAAGAGCUGCGCAAGGUCAAAGCAGCCAACAUUUCUUUCGAGAGCAAAUUGAAGGAUACAGAUUUCAAGAACAGAGAGUUGGAGGAACAGCUCGAGAACAUGAAAAAGGAACUGGAGGAGAGCCGCUCACGAUCAGACAAAGGCCUGAAACUACCAGACUUCCAGGACUCCAUCUUUGAGUACUUCAAUACCUCUCCCCUCGCUCAUGACCUGACAUUCAGAACAAGCUCCAUGUGUGAAAUGGAUGCCACACCCUUGAAGAUGGACAUUCCCUCUUCCUUCCCAUCAGUGUCUUCAGAACAGGAUGAACCACUUAAGUAUCAAGCUACCACCCCUGCUGCCCCCUCGCCAGUCUAUCAGCCCACUCUCAGUGCGCCAAAGCCUAAAGCUCACCAACUGAGCAUCAAGACCUUCUCCAGCCCGACCCAAUGCACUCACUGUACCUCACUUAUGGUUGGCCAGAUCCGACAGGGCUAUGCCUGCGAGGUAUGCUCCUUCAUCUGUCAUGUGUCCUGUAAAGACAACGCGCCACAGAUUUGCCCCAUUCCUCCAGAGCUGGCAAAGAGGCCUCUGGGUAUUGAUGUGCAAAGGGGCAUUGGCACAGCUUACAAAGGCUUUGUCAGGAUCCCAAAGCCAACAGGUGUGAAGAAGGGCUGGCAGAGGGCAUAUGCUGUAGUGUGUGACUGUAAACUCUUCCUCUAUGAGGUGCCAGAAGGGAAGUCCACUCAGCCUGUUGUGAUGGCCAGUCAGGUCCUCGACUUGAGAGACGAGGAGUUCUCUGUUAGCUCUGUGCUGGCCUCUGAUGUGAUCCAUGCCAGUCGUAAAGACAUUCCAUGCAUAUUCAGGGUAACAUCAUCCACUCUGAACUCCCCGAUCCAGCCAGUGCCUUUGUUGGUAUUAGCUGAAAGUGAGGCAGAGAAGAAGAAAUGGGUGGGUAUCCUAGAGGGUCUGCAGAACAUCCUGGCCAAGAACCGGCUGAAGAACCGAGUCGUACAUGUCCUGGACGAGGCCUAUGACAGCAGCCUGCCUGCCAUCAAAAUUACACUCUCUGCUGCCAUCAUAGAUCGAGAACGUAUUGCCUUGGGGACAGAAGAUGGCUUGUUUGUAGUCGAGAUCACCAGAGAUGUCAUUGUUCGUGCUGCUGAUUGCAAAAAAGUUUGCCAGAUCGAGUUCAUCCCCAAAGAGAGGAUGGUGGCACUGCUUUGUGGCCGUAACCGGCACGUCUAUUUAUACCCCUGGGCGGCACUGGAGGGCGCAGAGGCUUCUUUCGAUGCCAAACUGACAGAAACAAAAGGCUGCCAGGCUCUGACCAUAGGUACCCUACGCCCAGGUGGCCCUUCAUGUCUCCUAGCAGCCGUGAAGCGGCAGGUCCUGUGCUACGAAAUCACCCGUGCAAAGCCACACCACCGCAAGCUAUGGGAGGUGCAAGCACCCGGUAUCGCCCAGUGGCUGGGUAUUGUUCGUGAUCGGCUGUGUGUGGGUUACCCAUCAGGCUUUGCUCUGCUAGCCAUGCAGGGAGAGUCAUCUCCAGUAAGUUUAGUGAGCCCAGCAGACCCUUCUCUAGCCUUCUUGGCCCAACAGUCCCUAGAUGCCUUGCAUGCGAUGGAAGUGGGGGCCAAUGAACUGCUGCUUUGCUUCAGUCAGCUGGGAGUGUACGUAGACGCACAGGGACGACGAUCGCGAACGCAGGAGCUGAUGUGGCCAGCCACACCACUUGCCUGCAGCUCGAAUUCCAACUACCUGACGGUGUACAGUGAUUAUGGAGUUGAUGUGUUUGAUGUCCACACCACAGAGUGGGUCCAGACCAUUUCAUUAAGAAAGAUUCGGCCCCUGAAUGUGGAGGGUAGUCUGAACCUGAUGGGCUCUGAGCAGCCCCGCCUCAUCUAUUUCAACAACAACUCCUCAGAAGGCUGUGAACUUGCUAUCCCCGAGACCUCAGACAAUAGCAAAAAGCUGAUGGUGAGGACACGCAGCAAGAGGAAGUUCCUCUUCAGAGUGCCAGAGGAGGAACGGCUGCAACAGAGGAGGGAGAUGCUGAGGGAUCCUGAAAUGAGAUCCAAACUGAUCUCCAAUCCCACUAACUUCAACCACGUUGCUCACAUGGGCCCAGGCGAUGGCAUGCAGGUCCUCAUGGAUCUGCCUCUGCAGCAGAGUGAGACUCCCUCCCCCUCAUCCUCUCGUCACCAUGCCCUGAUCUCCCCUCCGACCAACUUUGAGCACGUCUAUCACAUGAGUCCCGUCUCUGCCGGGCUCUAUCUGCAGAAAGAGCCUUCCUCCCAGCAGAGCCUGCUUCAGUUCUCCUCUUCUUCCUCCUCACCUUCCACAUCCUCCCUGGGAAGGAGUGUGAUGCCCUCUUCUCAGGAUGACUCAUCUAAAGAAAAGCCACGCCCUCUGUCUAGUAUCUCACGGCAACAAAGGAGUAAGACCCACAUCACCCGCACUGCCUCAGGAGGAGGAGAUUUUGGUGGAGCAGGGUCGUCUCGCAGUAUUUCUGAUCAAGAUCAAGACUAUGAAAGAGAGCCCGACUCUGACUCCACCAAACACUCCACCCCUUCCAACAGCUCCAACCCCAGCAGCCCCCCGAGCCCCAACUCUCCCCACCGCAGUCAACUCACUCUGGACAGCCUAGAUCAAACCCUGGAUGGAUGAGAAUGGCCCUGUACACUAGACAGCUCCUGUAUACUGUACAUCUCCACUCUGAUAGGACUCAGUAAGAAGUGCCAAUACUAUUCUAAGCCACCUGCCAAAAGUUUACCCUAUUCCUGCUGCUGGGUAGACAAAAGAAUAGAUAUGUCAUCACAAGUGGAACACCCUGUCAAAAAACCACCCGAGUAUCAGAUUAAUUCAAUAAAAAAUAAAACAAGUCAAGGACUGUCCCCUGGUGGAGAUGUUGCGGUAUUGUCACUAACAGGGUCAGAUUAGCAGUAUGAUGGACCUGUAUUUGAUUUUUAAUCCUAAUUUCAUGCCAUACUUCUGCAAGUUUUUUUUUUAAUUAUUAUUAUUUACUUUAGUAAAUGAAUGGAUACAUUACAUCUGCUUUGUCAGAAUUGCUUCUUGAACUGAUCUGUCAUAGAGGAUUAUUAGCUUCCCUUCAAAGUACAGAAUGGAGGGAAGAGACUUCUUACGCUGUUUUUAAAUGUAUAUUAUCAAGAAGUUCCACACUCAUCAUGGGGAAAGUAAAGUGCGUAUUGGAAGGAAGGAACUGUGACAUUCUUGUAUAAACAAACUGGACCAGUAACCCAAAUCCUCACUGCUAUUGACGGACCAGUGAAACGGCUUGACUCAUCUCAUAUGAGCAAUAGAUCAGCGACACAGAGACAAUGGCAUUUGUCAGACAUUGGGGUUUUUAAGCCAAACCAGAGGGCACUUUUAUUAUAUAAUUCUCUCUCUUUCUCUCUGUCUCUCAAAUUCUGCAUUUAAACCAGCCUUUAUUAUAUUCAUGUUUUAACUUGGAUGUUUCCCACAAAUAUAUCUAGUUGAUGGAACACUGCUUAUCACUUUGAGAAAAAGAAAGCAACAAAAAGGAACAGACCUUAAAUAUAGAUGUGUAUUAUUAAUAAAGAAAAUGGCACACAGCUAAAAUACUCAUAGGAUUUCAGUAGUUCCUCUCUUAAGCUGCUACUGCUUUGUGUGCUCUAUUUAAAAAUAAAAGUUUAAAAAAGUAUAUGUGAUAAGGUUAUCUUACCAUAGCUAUGUUUUACACAUGCAAGCCCAUCAAGCAGCCACGUGCGACCUUCACUGUUUGAGAGUUGUAUCAGAAUGCUGAUAUGAGAUUGUUUGUUGAAACCAGAGGACUGCGAACACAUUAUCUAAAGCAAUGGCUGGCAUAUCCAUUAUCACUCAAGUGUGCCUUCAGUGCCAACUUUCGUUUCAGUAGUAAACUCUCCACUAAAGCAUUUCAGUUUUUUUAACAAGGCUGAUGGUAAUGUAUUAUAUUGUCCCCUGCCCUUCUUAAACACUGUAAGAAACUUGCACAUGUUGUAGACCAAGGAAUUGAUUUUGUGUGAAUGUUUUUUCCUGUACUUCCCUCAUACGUCACCUGGGCUGUCUGUUUCAUCAGAUGGACGGUUAUCCUCGGAACACUACUGCUUUUACUUUAAAAGAACAACAACAACAAAAAGCUUGAAAACUUUGUAAUUAUUGACUUGUUAGCCACAUAAAUUUGAACAAACAAUAAAAAGAGUACCUGUUGUGCUUUUUUGUUCAAUUACUGUUUAUUAGGGGAAAAACAAUCAUUUUAACUAUUCAUAAUUGGGAUGAAAAUAAUCAUUUAUUUACAGGAAAAAUAGCAGGGAAUUUUUAAAUUG